AUGUCUACAUCAUCGAGUGAUUAUGAUUACGGUCUUUACAACGGCCACAUGCAGCCUUACUCACACAUACAGCCUUUGUAUCCGGGAUUGGAACAUCCGCUGGUUUACUACGCUCAAGUUGAACAUGUGCCUCUAAGUAAAACAGAAUCCGCUACGAAUAAGCAGGAAUUAAAGGGAUUCGCUACUUGGUUGGACGAAAAAUACGAGGAGUAUCUGCGAAGUAACCAACUCAUGAAGCCAAACGAUGUUAAAAUCAAUGACCCCGUUGACAAAUGUAAUCGCUCAAACACUACAAUAACUAUAGAUAUAAACACACCAUCCACGCUUAAAUCAAAAUCCGAGAGCAUACUUUAUAUUCUAAAUGAAAAAGAAAUUUAUGUUGUUCCAUCAGAUGAAAAAAGGAAGCUCGAUGAAAUGAUCCAGAUAGUUGACGAAAUGAAUUUAAAAAAAGGACAACCAAAAACGAAGAAAAGUCCCCAAAAUGAUAUAUCUUGUCAAUGUUCGGAUCUCUUAUUAGAGAAAGUCAAUGCGUCGAGUCAAUUUUCACAAACUAACGUCAAACCGAACCUCUGUGGAUGUGUUGAAACUAAGGUUUCUGAUCAACGAAUAAUUACGGUUGCAAAAUGUCCUUGUACUGAAUCUAACACGAAGUUGAAGAACAUUCCAAAGGAAGAGUCAAAAAUAUUUCUACAAAAAGUCGAUUCGAGUACAGUCUCCAAAAAGAGCGUGGCAGUGCCUGAUGCAAAUACAAACGUGGAGCCUCGGAAAUCAAGUUUCUCGUCUAAAACAAACAUUGAGAAAAAAGAGCCUCCGUUUACAGUUGUCAAAGUUGCUCAAACCUCCGAUCACGCUAUAAAUCUCGAUGAAGCCAUACACCAAGGAUGUCCGAUAUUCUUAAGAAUUAUAUGUACUGACAAAUUACGUUAA